AUGGGUCGGACUCGAGCCCGUGUUGUGCAGCAUGCAGUAGCUCUGGCGGCACCGCUUGCAUUGGCGCUGGAUCUUGGACACGCAGUCAUGGCACUGGAGAGGACAAGAAAGACAUUGGUGAGCAGACAGGGACAGCAUGGCAGCCUGUGCACGGACAAGGAGGACGACAGGGAGGACGACAAGAAGGCUUACACUAGGCCCGCAUUCGCGGCAGCUGUAGUCGAUGAGCCUCUGGAUUGGGAGAGAAGGAUACCACUGUUAGGGCCAGAACAACAGACAACAGACAGGGUGUCCGGAAAAUGUUGGCGUUACGCCCGACACGACAUGCCAAGAGGGCCUUAG